CUUCAGGUGCGGUCUCGUCAGAUCUGAUGCGGCCUCCAUCUCUCCCUGCUUCCUCCUCAAGCGUGCAGUCCGAUGCGGCGGCGGUGGGCGGUGGCAAUCAAGCGGUGAGAUGGAUAAGCAUCAAUUGGAUAACUACUAUCUCUUUCAGAGCCAUCGUAGUGGGCCUUUGUGUUGGUCACUUGAGCCUCUUUGUAGGGGCAUUUUGCUUUGCUCGUGUGCAAGAAACGAAGUUCAUAAUUGCUUCUCCGUUUAUUGUGCGAUCUUGGCCGGAUGGGAGGUUGCGUCAUAGUGGUGCGAUCAAGGAUUUGCUUUCCUUCUUCAAUUUUCAGCAUGGU